AUGGAUGGCAGCAAGAAGUCACCUGACGGCGCUGCGAAAGAACAUCAGCAGCUACCGAACGACAUCGGUGAACAACGAUAUACUGAAAUCGCUGAACAAACGACGGCGGCUAUUGUCGCUCAAGGACCACCGCCAGUCGUUAAUAGCAGACCGUCCAUAGAACCUGCUCUUCCUGAAUUACCUCGAUUUUGGCCUCCGCCCUUACCUCCUCGUCGUGUUGGGGCUAAUUUUCCCAGGGCGUGCCGCAUGUUGUUUCCCACUUCGGGUCAUUUGGGUUUUGGCCUAUUAAAAUAUUCCGAGGAAGAACCACCGAUCCAUACACUUCGCGAGAUGAUAGUUUAUGAGACACGCCUUCGCUUGUCCGAUUCGAUUCAAGAGCUCAUGGAUUUGUACCAUAACGACGAGGCCGCUGUCACUCUCGUGCACGAUAUUAUUCAGCAGCAUGUGGUGGAACAUUUUGGCUAUCAAGAUGUGAAUGCCCUACGCACCGCUUUGUAUCGCUUUCCAGACGACUCUGUCAUCAAGGCAGCUUUCUAUGAUGAAGAAUAUUUUAAAGUUUAUUUGCCAUUAGGGGCAAAAGCUGAUUGUUUAAGACGCUGA